AGCUGGGCCAUCACUUGCUGCAAUGACUGGCGUAUUUUCCAACUCUAAAGCUUUCCAGCACUAAUGACCAAACAAGCAUUUUACAGAAGGGCCACACUCAGCAAAACCGCCAAUUUUCCGGCAUUUUCGCAAUUUCGGACACUCUGUUUUAAAAUUUCGCCUGCAGACAAUGAAUUUACCCAGGAGCAACUGCUCGCCGCUUAGCAGAAAUCCCGUUGUGCAGCGCAGUCUGGACUUGCGACUGCGAAGCGCCCAGGCCCGUCACUACCUCAAGUGGUGUUCCAUAAACGUACUGCUCCUGGCCCUGCUGCUCUUCGACAUGUGGCAGGCAUGUCGGUCCGUCUACCGGACGUACUGGUUCCUGGCGGAGUGCACCAUUACCACCUUGAUAGCCCUCAGUGCGCUGGCCUGCUUCGGCAAGUAUUUGUGGUUAUGGUUUGGCGGCGACCAGGUGAUAGGAACCGAUAGCCAGAAGUGCCUGCUGGACGGCCGGGAAGAGAACUCUUUUCGGACAGUGUGCGCCAGAGCGGUGAUGAAACCACGCAGCUACGAACCCGACUCCGAUGCCGAGGACGACAUACCCAUCAUCAACUGGCACUCCUCCUUCGAGGACUCCUGCUGGGGCUCGCAGUCGAUGCGCCGCAGUCCCAGUCCCACCAGGACUCCGCAGCAGACGCAGCAGAACACCUCCUACAACUCGUCGAUGGUGCAGAACAACUCGCUGAACGCCAGCAACCUGAGCAACGAGUCCACCUACAUGUCGCCCUACGCAGAGGUGCGCCGGGAUGACUUCAUCACCGACAUCCGCAAGCUGCCCGCUUUGAUGAAGCAGGCGGAGCGGGAGCGCAGCAUGGUGGACAGCUCGGAGGCGCCCAGUGUGCAGAGCAUGGGAUCGGCCAACUCCUUCUGGAACUACUGCAACAAUGCGGCCUACAUGCUGAAGACCACCAUCUACCAGUUGUCGCCGGCCCCCGCUGCUUCCACCGAGAAUGCUCCCACCUCCAUUGAGGAGUUCGGUGGCUUCCAGUUCAGGGACAGCAAUUCGGAGGUCAUCAAGCGCAUAUCCACGGACAAACUGUCGCAAUACGUGGCCAACCUGAGAUUUUGGAUUUCCACCACCAUACUGCAGCGUUUGGUCAAGGAGAUCAACUAUGUGGACGAUGUGUUCCGCCAGCGGGGUCUGAUCGACCUAAAGAUCGGAUCUGUGAGUCUGGAGCGACUGCGCAAGACAGCCGAGAACCAGCAGUUCGUGCAGACCUGCGCCCCCAUGCUGCCGAUGCUGCUGCCCUUCCUGGACUCCUUCAGCAACCAGGAGUACCUGGUGCAGCGCAUCAAGGAGCUGUCGCAGGGCUCCUGCAUAGCCGACUACCGCUGGAACUCGGGCAAGACGCACAAUGGUCAGGAGUGGGGCGACCACUUGCCCACCGACGCCGCUAUACUGUUCCAUUUGUUCUGCGUGUACUUGGACAGCCAACUGAUGCCGUUGCCGCAGGGCGGCGGGCGGCCCUUCCACUCCCGCUACGUGCUGAUCCGCGACGAGAAGCGCUCCACCAAGGACGUGGUCAACGCCGUGCACAACAAGGCGCACUGCGCCAUAUUGACCACCAGCAACCAGCUUAACCCCAAGUUCAACUUCAUCAGCGACAAGGAGCUGCACAACUGUGUCUACGAUCGGAACAACCUGUUCUACGUGAUCAUUCAGUUCCUGAUCUACAUGCGCCAGCAGCAGGAGUCUGCCUUGGAGUGCGUCAAUCUGGGCAAGAGCGGCAUAAACAUCUUGUGCGUCAUCGAAGACUGAAGCCACUACCUGUAGGACUGACUACCUCUAAACACUCGUUAGCAUCUCUAAGCAUCCCACUCUGACUCGACCAUCGCUUGAUGUCCGCGCGCAUCCUCAUCCAUCAUUCGUUACUAUUAAAUUAUGCACAUGGCAAUUAUUAAGUUAA